GUGGCAGUUACGUCUUUAACGAGUUUUCUUUUCUGUCGAUUCUUCUGGUAAUCUAAAAAUUUCAGGGCUCGUGAAAUUACUUGGAAGUUACGUAUUUGGAAGACUAAUACCGUAUUAACCGGUUCACUGGUGAACUCGGUACUAACGUUUUGUGCCAAAACUGAUUUAUAUCAAUCUGCGUUUGUGACGUUCGCGAUCCGCACUGCAAACGUGUAAUCUGAAUUUGAAAUUAAUUGGCGAGAAAGAAAAGGUUUUCUGUCUUCAAAUCAACAUGACCAAUCCGACGGAAUACGCUAAAGUGAACAACCUAUCACACUCUGUCAUAUAUCAUUUAAUUCGCGAGUUUGAAGAAGAACUAGCACAUAUGUCAGGAAAGUGUAUAGAUAUCGGUUGCGGUCCCGGUGACGUUACAAGAUACACUCUUUUACCUGCACUCGAUCCAAAAGCGGUAAUCACUGGUAUUGAUAUCUCGGAGGACAUGAUCAGAUAUGCUAAGAAGUUAUGCGACGAUGAACAACGACUCAAAUUUGAAGCCCUAGAUAUUCAAACUAAGCAUCUGCCUGAAAAAUACGUUUCUGAAUACGAUCACAUGUUCACAUUUCACACGUUGCAUUGGUGCGAUGAUAUACGACAAGUAUUUGAGAAUAUCUAUUGUUUACUUCGACCUGGCGGAACUAUACUAAUAUUAACGUUAGUAUAUCACGAUGUAUUUGAUAUUUUAUAUAAAUUGUCGCAAGACAUUCGAUAUAAGCCAUACAUAACGCAUGUGAAGAAUUUUAUUCCGCCGUUCUAUGAUUCAAUUCAAGCUAAUAAAGAACUAAAAGCAUUACUCAAAAGUAUUGGGUUUAAUGUUCUUCAUUGCAGUCAUCGGGAGAGAACUUACUGUGCUCAAGAUAUACAGGAAUACCCAACUCUGAUAUUGGCUUUUGUAACGCAAUUUUUGAAGAACAUGCCACAUGACCGAAUGGAACAAUUCAAAGACGAGUUUACCCGGGAAUAUAAGAAAAGAAGAUUUUUCCAUAAGCAGAUGCGUACUCAAAAGGAAAGAAUUGCGUCAGAUCUGCACGAAAUAUUAGUAGUUUAUGCAAAAAAGAUUUCACUAUAAAUAACUACGUAACCAAGAAGAAAGAAUUGUAUCGAAUCUAUAUAAAAUAUUGAUAGUAUAUGCAAAAAAAAAUUAUGAACGAUAAGGAACGAUUUUGAAGUUACAAUUAUUGUGAAUGUUGCAAUUAUUAAAGUUAUACACUAAUUUUAGAGUCAUAAUUAUUAAGCUAUUUUAUUAAGGUAACGGUUACUGUUAUGGGUCUUGAUCUUGUAUUCAGCUUGGAAAAUAUAAAUAUAUAUAUUUUAAUAAGAAAA